UGAAAAAUGAUAAAGGAUAGAAACUGUGGAGAAAUAAUAAUUGAUGCGACGUGAACGAUUGUGAUCAUUGCAAGCACAUUACGAUUGGAUUUAAGUGGAGGACAGAGAGGAGUGAGUUUAAAUACUGAGGAGUGAAAUAAAGAAAAUAAAUAACGACUCGGUGGUAGGGACUGGUUGCCCGCGUCACCGGCCCAAUAAUCCCACGACGUUACUGCCUGGCGUUGGGAAUAAAUCAGUGAAAAUAGUGUCCAUGAAGCGAGAAGAUGAGGACACGGAAGCUGACGGUGGCGAUGGGUCUUGGGAUAGGGUUUAUCAUCAUUUUUAUGGUUAUCGUUACACCUGGUGGGGGACAGGUGACAAGGGGUCUUGAGAAAAAAGGGGGCAAGGGGGUGGGGAAGAUAAGGAAUAAAACGGACAAGGGAAAGUAUGAGCCGGAUUAUAUUGGGGGUAAGGACGACGACAGGGAUCUUGGCAUGAGGAAUAAUCGAGCUAUCAACUACACCAGCCCAAAGGAUGGAAACCUCUUGAGCGUGAGUGAUCACCCAAACACAACGAUCUCCCCAAACACCACCUCGAAUCAUCAUGAUCCUCAUCGUGAUAAAGAACGGCCCCUGAAGAACAUCACGAUUGGGGAUGGAAUCUGUCACAGUAUCGAUAUUCGGAAUUACAUAGAGCAUUUGGAGAUGCUGAGACCGUGUCGUGUGAUCGAAGGAUUUUUACAAAUUGUUCUUAUGGAGCAUGUUGAGCCGAGUAAGUCGAUUAAGCCGUUUGAACUACUGCGUGAAAUCACGGGAUACUUGUUGCUCUAUCGUGUGGGGAGUAUCAAGAAUAUUGGACACCUCUUUCCGAACUUGGCUAUUAUUCGAGGGGAUAAACUGCUAGCUGAUUAUUCGCUCAUGGUGUAUGAAAUGCCAAAUGUUCAGGAGCUUGGUUUAACGAAGCUGACGAAAAUAGCUAGGGGUGCUGUGAGAUUGGAAAAAAAUCCGUCUCUCUGUUUUGCGGACACGGUGGACUGGUCGAAAAUUGUCGUUGCUGGCACCAAUUUCAUCAAGGAUAAUGCGAAUAAAAUCUCAUGCCCAAGCUGCUCUGGGUGCCCCGGUGGCCAUUGCUGGUCGACCAGUGUCUGCCAGAGAACAGAAAAACCGAAGUGCCAUGCACAGUGCCUCGCUGACUGCACCGGCCCUACUGAAUAUGAUUGCUACGUUUGCAAGAAUUUUACUCUGAAUGGGAAAUGUGUGGAAGCGUGUCCCAAGCAUUUAUACUCACACGUGUCUCGAAGAUGCAUAACGAAGGAAGAAUGCUUAAAAAUUCACGAUCCCCAAUUAAACGGGGAGGAUGAGGUGAAGAGACGUCCAUUCGAAGGCGCGUGCAUAACCGACUGCCCCCAAGGCUACGAAGAUGCGAUUGAAAACAACAACCCCACAUGUCGUCGCUGCGCAGGCUCCUGUCAGAAGAUACGUCAGGGGGCGAUAAUCCGUCACAUAUCCGAUGCGCAAAAGCUUAAAGGAUCAACAAUGAUCAAAGGCUCCCUAGAAUUCCAAAUGCGCAAUAGUCAUCCCCUAGUGAUGCAGGAACUGGAAGACGCAUUUGGGGAUGUGGAGGAGAUAACGGGAUCAUUGAAAGUGACCCAUUCAUUUCCUAUUACUUCUCUGAGCUUCUUCAAGAAACUCCGAAUAAUCAGGGGUGAAGUAUUAGAAAUCAAUAACUCAAGUCUGGUCAUUCUGGACAACCCGAAUCUCUCGAGCCUAUUCCCCUCCACGCAGGACGUGCAGAUUCUAAACGGACGAUUGUUUUUCCACUACAAUCCGAAGCUCUGCUAUUCCAACAUUACGAGCUUCGCUAAAAAGGUUGGUAUAACCGAUAUUACCGAAAUGGAAGUCCAGCCGGAGUCGAACGGUGACAAGGUAGCCUGUGACACGACAAACAUCCACCUAGUAGUCACCGAGAAGGGUCCAACAACAGCCAUCUUCGCGUGGACAGUCUACACCCCGAGCAAGGACCAAGUCCUGCUGAGCUACCUCCUGAACUACAUAGAAGCCAACAACGAGACAGUCAACGUAACCCACGAGAACAACGCCUGUGGCCACAACAAAUGGCACAUAAUGGACGUCGACAUACCGGACAAAAGUCCAACUCGAGGUAUCAUCACCCAGUACGUCAGCGACCUGAAGCCCUACACCCGCUACGCAGUUUACGUGAAGACCCUCUCAGCCCGAAGCAGAAACACGGCAAACGGCUUGACCGGUCAGUCCCAAAUUCUCUUUUUCCGAACAGACCCUGACGUGCCCUCACCCCCGACCGAGGUCCUCUCCUACCCCGACAGCGAAAGCAGCCUGAACAUAACAUGGGAGCCCCCAGAGCAGCCAAACGGACCCAUCGCCUACUACAUAAUAUCCGGUUACCUCCGUUUCCACGACUCUGAGCAACUCUCCACCCGCAACUACUGCACCUACGGUCUUGAGCCUGGCCAAGGCCUCGAGACAAUCCGCGAAGUCAAGAUCAAGGCCCCCGUGAUCCCCAACACCGACUGCUGCAUGACGGAGAUUCUCCCCAAAGACGAAAGCUUUCAGAUCUACUGCUCAGCGAACACAACCAUCAGUUCAAUUCCCCAGGAGCGCAAGAAGUACUGCACCUUCCACAAGUACGACGACGACGAUCCUUACUUCUCAAGUUUAUAUUAUCCAUCGUCCUCGCUGUCGAGGCGAGACAUAAAGAUCAUCGAGGCUGGGAAGGAUCUGCUGGACGACAGGAGAACGAGAAUCUACAACAACACGUAUUACUCGUUCGUCUUCAACGCAAGUGCAAACAGCAGUUCGUAUUUGGUGACGAGCCUCCGUCACUUCUCGUCGUACACGAUAUCGGUGGCAGCAUGUGGUCUGAGGCUCAGCAACGGCACAGACUUGUGUUCCACUGUGGAAUACACAAAUGCAACGACUUUGAAGCGUGAGCACGCUGACGAUGUGCAGAACGUUCGAGUUCAUGUGUUGAACGAUACCAUUGUCACGAUCUCGUGGGACGCUCCGAGGUCUCCGAAUGGUCUGACAGUCGCUUAUUACGUGGACUACGGUCCCCUCGAUGUGAAAGACGCUACGAAGACCUCCACCUGCAUCCCAGCGUCCCUAUUCCGAGGGGAAAAGGUGAUAAGCAAUUUGAGCCCUGGGAGGUACAGUGCGAGGGUUAGAUCGAGGUCCUUGAGUGGGGAUGGGCCAUGGUCGAGGGAAGUAGAGUUUGGUAUUGGAUUGAAGGAGGAUCAUACCACGACAGUCGUCGUCGUUGUCAUCAUCGUCACCCUCCUGGUGGUCUUCGUCGUGGGCCUCUUGUUAUUCAGAAGCAGUCAGAAGAGAAAGCAGCAGGAGAGGCUGAUUGCCAGUGUCAAUCCAGACUACAUCGAGUCGAAGUACGUGAGGGACAGCUGGGAGGUACCUCGGGAGAACCUGGAGCUCCUCGAGGAACUCGGCCUUGGGAACUUUGGAAUGGUGUACAGGGGAAUUUUGAAUGGUGUGACUCCAGUCGCUGUCAAGACUAUUCCGGAUAAUUGCAGUGAAAAGGACAAGAACGAGUUUCUUAAUGAGGCCUCUGUCAUGAAGAACUUCUCGACUUAUCACAUUAUCAAGCUGCUGGGGGUUGUUUCUGAUGGUGUUCCUCCGUAUGUCAUCAUGGAAUUGAUGGAGAAUGGCGACUUGAAGACGUACCUGAGGAGGAUCAGGGAUACAGCACUGGUGCCUGAUGUACCCAGGAUCAUCAGGAUGGCCAGUGAAAUUGCCGAUGGAAUGGCCUAUUUGGAGUCGAAGAAGUUUAUUCAUCGCGAUCUGGCAGCGAGAAAUUGCAUGGUGUCCAAGGAUAUUGUGUGCAAGAUUGGGGAUUUUGGAAUGGCCAGGGACAUUUAUGAGACUGAUUACUAUAAGAUUGGGCAGAAGGGGCUGCUACCCAUUCGUUGGAUGGCACCUGAGAAUCUUUCUGAUGGGGUCUUCACGUCUGACUCGGAUGUUUGGUCCUUUGGGGUGGUCCUCUGGGAGAUUUUGACGCUGGGAGAGCUGCCUUAUCAAGGCUUCUCUAAUGAUGAGGUGCUGCAUCAUGUGCUGAGGAAGGGGACUGUUAACAUACCGAGGAAUGUUCCGGAGAUUGUGCUGAAGCUCAUGGAGAAGUGCUUCAAGUGGAGGCCCAGUGAGAGACCCACUUUUAUGGAGAUUGUCGCUGAGCUCGAGCCAUUCGUUGGGCAGGACUUCUGCGAGAAGAGUUUCUAUCAUUCGGAGGAGGGAAUUGAGCUGAGGAAUGCUGGACUUAAGAAGGUUUAUCAUCAUGCUGCGCAGAUCAGGUUUCACUGGGGGAGCGAGACUGCAAGGUGGGUCAGGGAGUUUGAGGACAAUGUUACGUUGCUGGAUCAGACUAAGGCGGGGACGAGUAGGGGGAGGAUUUUUAAAAAUGGGUUCCAACAUUUUGGGAAUAUUCCGAUUAUGGAGGAUGUCCCCUUGGAUCGGUGA